AUGAUAGAGCUCUAAAGAAACAAAUAGAUAGAUAAACUUAAACUAAGUCUUGAUUCUGACAACUUCAACUAUUUCUUGACAUAGUCCUUGAAUAAGGUCACACGUCAUCGUUCUUUAUAACUAUUAGCUAAAACUCUUGCUGAUCACUUUAUCUAGAAUAAUCAACUAGAAAUCCCUAAAAAAUCCAAUUAUUAGCGUCAAAGAUAAAUUGCUCUUCCUCAGAUUAUCAAACACUCUUAAUAAUCAAUAAACAUCCUUCCAAAAACUUAAUCAUAUCCUUUAAAUAAAACUCCCUCUAUCAUCCAUGAACCCUAAUAUUCAUACCUCUUGGGUGGAGGUAAUAAUCAUGAACUGAUAAAACGCAUCAUGGAUACAAGACGAGAAUGGCAUCAAUGUAAAAGUACAACAAGAGUACAUUUUAGAUGGCAGUAAUCUAAUUUAGGCUAUAAAUAUUACAAAAUGAAUGCCUACAAUCCUCAUAGAUCAUUAGUCAAUCAUUUUGAAUUUCACUAAGAAAUAAGUAAUAAAAAGAAUCUCCUCUUGAAUAUGACAACCUUUUGUGAUUCCAUCCAUAAAAAUGUAUUUGAUAUUCUUCCUGUUACUUUUAUUAUCGAUUUUAAUGAUUCUUAAAUUGAGUCUCAACUUACUGCUUUUAUAAAUUAUUAUAACUAAUACUCUCCUAAUCCUAGAUCAUAAGAUGAACUCUUACUCAAAAAAUAGGAAAUCAAAAAGAAACUCAGAAUUCCACCUAGCAAAGAAAGGAGAUUUUUUGAUUAUAAAAUGAAAGAUACUUUUCUAGGAAAUGAUUAUUUGUGGCUAUUAAAACCAACUGGAUUAAAUCGAGGUAGAGGUAUUAAUGUAUUUAAUAAUCUUGAUCAAUUCAUUGAUUUACUUAUUGAAUACACUUCAGGAAUAAGUGAAAAACAUAUAGAAACUCCUAAUGAAAAGAUCUAUCAAGGUCUUAUGAUUAAAUCUCCAACAUUUGUAGUAUAGAAGUAUAUUGAAAAGCCUUUGCUUAUAAAUAAUCGAAAAUUUGAUAUAAGAGUUUGGGUUUUGGUUGAUUAAGAUCUAAAUUGUUAUUUCUUUAAGUAUUCUAUAAAUAUAAAAUAAAUAGAGAGGGAUACAUUAGAACUGCAUCUGAAGAGUUUGUAACUAAUGAUAUAAAUAAUUUGUUUAUUCAUCUUACAAAUAAUGCUAUUUAGAAAUAUAGUUAAAAAUAUGGAGAUCAAGAAGCAGGAAAUCAAUUAUCUUUUGAUUAGAUUUAGUAGAUUUUUAAGAAUAAAAUUGAUUUCAGAUCAAAAAUUGUUAAAUAAAUGAAAGAGAUUGCCUUUUUGGUAAUGAGUUCAGUGGGAAACAAAAUAAAUAGGAAUAAUCGUAGAAAUUGUAUGGAAAUCUUUGGCUUUGAUUAUAUCUUGGAUGAAAAAUUCAAUCUAUAUUUAAUAGAAGUUAAUACAAAUCCAUGUAUUGAAGAAUCAAGUCCAUUGUUGAGUCAACUGAUUCCUAGAAUGUUAGAUGAUGCCUAUAUUUUGACUCUUGAUUAGAUCUUUAAUAUUUCAAGAGAGAAAGUUAGUCCAUUUCCAGUUAAGGGUUACUAAAAUAAUGAGAAUAUGUGGUAAUAGAUGUAUAUUUAUUUAGGUAAUUGUUAGGAUCACUUAAAGAUUAAGUUAUUUACUAAUGA